AUGGUACAGUGUUUUGCCCCGGACUGCAAUCAUCAGUCAGAAAGGGAGACAUGCAAAUUUUAUAGAUUUCCUAAGAGCCCUAGUGAGUUUGAACGGUGGAAAAAGCUGUUGAGACGACAAGACCGAGCUCCGGGAAGUAAUUCGCGUGUUUGUAGCUGCCAUUUCCACGACGAAUUAAAAGUAAAUGGCCCCGAAAUCUUCAAAAGAAAUGCAGAUAAAUUCUUUCCAACCACCGAAGUACGAAAGCCGAAAAUUGCUAAAAAGGUAAAGCCAGCUACCGAAAAUCCUAGUGGCCUAAUGUUAGUUUCAGACAUCGUUGAACAGUAUUACGCCUCUGCUGCCUCCACUUCAAGAGAAAACAACACAGAAACGCCAACUCAAGAAGUUCUGCUUCAAAUUGAAGUAGAAAAUCUAAGAAAGGAAGUAAAGGAUUUGAAAAUUAAAGGGACGUACCAGAGGGAAGUUUACUCCGUAUUAUCACUGAAAGAUGAGGGAAAAGAACAGAACCUCUAUGCCUGA